UCUCUCAUAUAUUCUUCUUCCUCCUUCCUUCUUCCUCUCCAUUUUCUCUAUUUAAACACCCUUUGUCCCUAAUCAUCCACCCACCCCCAUCAAAUUCAAACCCGCCACCACAACAAGUCUUCCAAACUUCUUCUAAGUCUCUUCAAAUUUCAAUCACUCCCACUCUCUCAGUCUCGACCGCUUGAUAACCAUCUCGUUUUUAUUUUUCAAUAUAUUCUUCGUUUUCUGUAUGGACAUGGAAGCCAAAGCGAUCCCAACGAGGACAUCGAGGAGUACUAGUUUGAAGUUUCGGUCAUGGGGACGGUGUUCGAAGCACAUACGAGAGCAGCGGGCGCGGCUUUACAUCAUCUGGAGAUGUAGCGUGAUGCUCUUAUGCUGGCAUGAGUGAUUAAGAGGUUAAUUAUCAUCCGAAUUAGCACUGGCUGAUCAAGUUUGAGACUGAUCAGUAUUAGCUAGGGUGACUAAUUAACCAUACGGGUACUGUGGUUUUCUCUGUAUAAUAAUUAAUUAGGCAAAGGUGACCAGUUUUGCAUAGAUGGUAGUUUAAUUUGUAUUUAGACAAUUAAAGCUCCAAAUGUCUGUUUGACGUUGUAAAUAUCUGAUAAUUUAAUGUAACUCUUGUUUUCUUAGUA